AUGCGUAGAGUCCAUGUUGGACGUUCUUACCAAGACACUGUCAGACUCUUGGUGGAACAAGAUCCUGAUUUCGAGUUUCCAGCAAACAACGCCGGGGAGACACCACUCUAUCUGGCCACGGAGUCUGGUCUUGCAACUAUUGUGCGGCAUCACUGUGGGAAUGGAACAAAUCAUUAUGCGAGGAAACUGACAAAAUGGGAUUGGAAUCCACUGCAUUAUGCUGUUAAACAAGGAUUGAGAGUAGUAGUUCGUAAAAUGCUGGGGUGGAAGACAUCGUUACCCCACACUCACACAGGCAAUGGAAAUGACUGGGAAUCUCAUAACCUUAUCGACAAGCCAGAUAAUGAUGGCAACACUCCUCUCCAUUUGCUUGCUGCCUCCGACUGGAUAAGUGUGCCUGAUAAAUUAAGAAGACAUGCGAGUACAAAGAUGUCAUUUAACAAAGAAAACCAGACUCCGGUUGACAUAUUGUCUAGCACAGAGAAAACACUGCGUGCUGCACGGCCAUUCCAGAGGUGUCGUCUUCGCCAUUGUCGAUUAGGACGGCGUGAUUUUGAGAUAAAAUGGAAGAAAAUGCAGAAGCCAGAAGAUGAAACAGAGUCGAAAGGCAUGCUGAAAGAUAUUAUGGAGGCAACUCAAAUACAUCUAGUAGUUGCCACACUACUAGUUACCGUUACCUUCGCAGCAGGUUUCACCUUACCUGGAGGUUUUGAGAGCGAUCUCAAUAGCUCUAAUAAAGGGAUGGUGAUUCUAAUAAGGGAAACAGUGUUCCAUGCAUUUGUUGUCUCAGAUAGCAUUGCAUUUACAUGCUCUGCUGGUGCUGUAUUCAACUACUUCUACAUUGCGAUAAGUGCAGCAACUGCAAAAAGAUUAAAACUUAUAACUGUGCGCUUUAAGAUAGCAAUUCUUUUGCAGCGUUUAGCGAUGUCAGCAGUUGUCAUUGCAUUUGUAACUGGUAUGUAUGCUACUUUAGCACAUUCAGUUGGUCUCGCUGUUACUGUCUGUGUCAUAGGUUGCAUCUCUUUCCCUCUGUUCUAUCUUCCGUCAAUUGUUAGGCACAUCGUUAAGACAUACUAG